CGGGUGUAGAAGUUCAGUUACGUCUGCACUGUUGAAUCUAUACCCUAGUCAGGACAAUGCAACGCCGCAAAAGUCUAUUUGCGCCAUACAUCUCCAGAAACGCAGACACUGUUGUGGAUUUGAAAGUGCAUCCUAUAGACCUGCCACAUGGAGCUCUUGUGCAGACCAGUUGGAUAGAGGAGAGAGCAGAGCGCAGGAGCGAAUGUGACACGUGCGCUAUUGGGGAACUCAGAUUGCCAGGGCUCGGAUACAUCGAACAGGACCAGAGCACCAUCGACAGAGCGCAAAGGCGGCGGCGCAUGGCUGCAAACGCCCGGGAGAGGAGGAGGAUGCUCGGCCUCAAUGUUGCCUUCGACCGGCUCAGGAGCGUUAUCCCUAACCUGGAGAGCGACAAGAAGCUGUCCAAAUCAGAGACUCUUCAGAUGGCGCAGAUAUACAUAUCGACGCUCAGCGACUUGUUGCAGGACAGGCCCUCCGUAGCGGAAUUCAGCACCACUGCAUUUGAGAGCACGGCGAAGGUGGAUACGGCCCCAACCGGAAGGUCAACAAUGAACUCCACAGAAGACGCAACUGUAAAGCUACCUGGGCCAGGUACAUUCAAUAUAUGUAGAGACAGUGGAAACGUGAUGCGCGCGCCUUUCGAAGAACAGAAGACAGAGCUGCGAGGGUUUAUGAACCUGUGGGAGAGAACUAGUGGCACAAAAUAACUGAUUCUAUUUGUUUGUGUUUACUAAUGUUUUUUUUCUUCAUACAAAACAUGUUGAUUCUUGUUUGAAACCUUAUGUAGAUUAUCUGGCUGAAGUAAAAAAAACAUAUUUACGCA